CUGAAAAAUCUUUUUGGGACACUUUUGGGACAAUAGGAAAAUAAUCAACGAAUCAACAUCAGAAUGUCCGAUCUCCCCGCGGUUGUCAGGCGUGCGAGCAGGCUAUCCGAUCUUCCCGCGGUUGUCAGGCGCGCGAGCCGGCUCUGCCCUCCCCCAAAAGCCCCCCGAAUUUGAUCUGUUUGUUUUGCAAUUAUAGCGCGCGUGCCGCAUGGGUUUCAGAGACGCGCUGAUUCGAGACUCCGCCCAUCGCCUCUGAUCUCCGCAGCGCGCGCGGGUUCCAGAGACGCGAUGAUUCGUGACUCCGCCCACAGCUUCGCGGCAUCCACCAAAUAUGGCAAAUUGAAACUGUUUAAUAUUCGGGUAUUUCCGGGGUAUAUGUUCGGUAAAACUCCCAAGCACGAAUCAUCCCGAGUCACGCUUUCCGGACGAUCUUCGUGAAGAAUCGUAAGCUCGUUGAUGCUCGGGAGAUCAGCUGACAAUGCCAAAUAUGGUUAACCGGCAAAGCUCGGGAAAUUACGUUGUAGUUCGAGCAACCUCGUGAGUUUCGGCGAACUUCGCCAAAUUUCCCGCGAAAUCACUACUGGAAUAUUGGAGAAAAUAGUUUGUUGACUUGUGACAUGCCCAUGGAAAUGCCUCAUGGCACAGAGGAAAAUUCACUCGUUUUUUUCCGCGGGCCGUGCCCCUGCGUCCACGGGAGCGGCUCCAGUAGCAACUUCGACAACUUCAGGUGCACGCAAUGUAGUUGAGCCUCAAGGUCGACCUCAAGAUCGCUCGGAUAUCGCGGAUGAUGGGGGCGCCGGAGGAAGGGGGGAGGGGGGGCCGGGCGCGCGGCCAGCGAAAACCUCAAACGGAGGCAGAGCGCCCCGACCCGAGUCAGCCCCAUCCACAGCUUCCACAGUGACUACUGCAGAGGAAAGUACUGCAAAUAGCGAUGAAGGGGAUUCGCGGCCAGCGAAAAAGGCAAAAACCUCAAAUGGAGAUAGAGCGCCCAGACUCGAGUCAGCCCCAUCCACAGCUUCCACAGUGACUACUACAGAGGAAAGUACUGCAAAUAGUGAAGGGGAUUCGAGCUCCCACUCGGAACCGAUAACAUCGCCAUCGCCGUCAAACUCCUCGGACACAGUGCCAGCCUCCAGGAGAUAUGAGGGUAAGAGGAAAAGGCGCUUCUUGGAAAAGUGGAGGCAAGAGUUCGACUUUGUAGAGUAUGAUUAUAGAGCAGAGGUAAUGUUUUGCAAAGUAUGCAGGGCUGUGCCAGAAAAAGCUGAUGGCAACGUUCUCUUCCACGGUGUAACUGGCGAUAAAAUUCGGUCAAGAGCACUCACUGGCCAUUUGAAGAUAGAUGCCCAUACAGACUGUCAAGCUGCACUUGAUGCUCGCCAAAACCCGGAGCAAGCACCAAUCCGCCGUGCAUUACAACGUCUGAAUAAUGCAGUAGAAGACAAAAUGAUCAAACUGUUCAAUACUGCAUACUUUGUAGCAAAGGAAGAAGCUCCUUUUACUUCCUUUCCGAAGCUGGUGGACCUACAAGUAAAGAAUGGACUGCACAUGGGAGAAACAUAUCGUAAUGACCAAGGAUGCAGAACAUUCGUGGCCGCCAUUGGCGAACUGGAGAUGGACAAGUUGGUGGAGAAUGUAAGAAAAGCAAGGUUUUUCUCUGUGAUGUCCGAUUCUUCAAUGGACCGGGCAAUACUUGAUCAAGAACUUAUAUACAUAACAUUCAUUCAAGAUGGAUUGCCAGUCAAUCACCUAGUCAACAUAGUAACCUUAAAACACGCGCAUGCAACCGGGAUUCUGGACGCUAUCCUGACAGGGCUAGAGAGGGUUGGAUUAAACAGGGAAGAUCUCACUCGUCGUCUCGUCGGCUUCGGAUCUGAUGGGGCAGCGGUGAUGAUCGGUGUGAAUAACGGGGUCGGAGCUAAACUGAAACAGUUCUGCCCCAGCAUCAUCACCGUGUGGUGUGUUGCUCACCGGUUGGAGCUUGCGGCUUUAGACACCAUCAAGGAACAUCCCUUGCUAAAUGAUCUAAAGGAGGCCCUAAAGUCGAUCUUCAAGCAUUACACUGAGUCUGCAAAAGCCAGUAGGGAGCUUCGGGCUGUUGGAGAACUGUUGGGUGUCCAGGUAGUCAAGCCGGGCAACAUCAAUGGCUGCAGGUGGCUGCCUCAUAUGUCAAGGGCACUGGAAGCACUGGUGCGAAACUACAAGGCCAUCAUGGUACACUUUGAAAAUCAUGCCAAUGAUCACAACAACACAGAAGCUAGUGCGACUAUGCGUGGAAGAGCAAAAGUAAUCUACCGAUCGCUGUCACGCUUCAAGAUGGUCAAGUUCAUCCACCUUAUGGUGGAUGUCCUGAAUGAGCUCAGGGAAGCAAGUCUACUGUUCCAGAAGGACGGACUUACCUUACAGGAUGUGAGUGACGGGCUAUCGCAGGUGACACUCGCCAUGAUGGAAAUGCAGACAACUCCAGGAACUUCGCUGCAGCAGUUCCUGAAUGAUGUUGGGCCACCUGAGGACAGCAUCUACCUUGACGUUAAGCUGCAAGGUCCCAGGGAUGAGCAGGAAGACAUCAGAUUCAGGGCUAUGACUAACCGCCUCAUAGAUGAUUUCUGUGACUUUGUGACCACUAGAUUUGGCAAUCUUGAGGAAGGUGUGCUGAAAGCUGCUUCAACUCUCUUUAACCAUUCGACCUGGCCUAAUGAAGUCGCUGAAGUACAAACCUAUGGUAAUGAUGCCUUAGAAGUAUUCAUGGCACACUUUCAGCCCAUUCUUGACUCAUGUGAGGAUUUUGAGUCAACAGAUAUGGCUAGGAGGGAAUGGCGGGAGUUGAAGCUCGUAGUCACCAGGCAUUAUAUGCAUCUACCAUCAUGCACCUUGUGGCAGAGAUUUCUGCAGGGCACGAUUGGGAGACCCGAUCAGUUUGAUCACAUGAAGGUACUGGUAGAGAUUUACCUGGUUAUCCCUAUGAAUUCAUCUUGUUGUGAGAGAGGAUUCUCCAGUAUGAAACGCAUCAAGUCAGACUGGAGAUCCUCUCUCAGCAACGAGAUGUUGAACAACUUGCUUCAAAUCUCAAUCCAUGGCCCUACAGUAGCUGACUAUGAUCCUGAAGCUGCUAUUUUGAAAUGGUACCAUGGGGGGAGGCGAAUGAGGAGGCCAGAGUUGCUAGACUAGAUAGUAGUGUAUGUUAUUAUAUUGUUGUUUGUUUACAACCACUGUCAAGAAUGAAAAUAUGCUUCAAAUGAAAAUAUGCUUCAAAUUGUCUCUGGCUUUGGUACACAGUCUGUGUACCAAAGAUAGAGACAAUUUGAAGCAUAAUUUCAUUCUUUUCUUCCCAUCUGGCACUAAGUAUUGUUUCAUGAUAAAGUACAAGUGGUCCUAACGACUAGUGUUGUUAACGUUACACUGUGUACCAAAGUUGUUGUUGUUGUCUAAUAAAAAAGACAAGACAAGUUUGAA